AUGCGUAAGUGCAAAGUCUUUGUUGGCAAUUCACAUCCUGAAUUGGGUAAAUUAGUUUGUGAACGUUUAGGUAUCGAACCUGCUCCAUGUACUUUAAAAAAAUUUGCUAAUGGUGAAACUUCAGUCCAAAUUGGUGUCUCUGUCAGAGAUGAAGAUGUCUAUGUCAUCCAAUCAGGGUCUCCAACUGUCAAUGACCAUAUUAUGGAAUUAUUGAUCCUAGUCUCUGCAUGUAGAGGUGGUUCUGCAAGAAAGAUUACUGCUGUGAUUCCUCAAUUCCCAUAUUCUAAACAAUGUAAAAUGAAGAAACACAGAGGCGCUAUUACUGCAAGAAUGUUAGCUAACUUAUUAGUCAUGGCAGGUGCUGAUCAUGUUGUGUCCAUGGACUUACAUGCAUCUCAAAUGCAAGGCUUCUUUACUAAACCAGUCGAUAACCUUUAUGGGGCUCCAAGUUUAGCUAGAUGGAUCAGAGAAAAUGUUCCUGAUUACCAAAAUGCCGUUGUUGUUUCUAAGAAUGCUGGUGGUACAAAGAGGGUCACUGCUUUAGCCGAUUCUUUGAAGAUUAAUUUUGCUAUGAUCCAUACUGAUCGCCGUCGUUCCAAAGAUCUUUACUCCCAAAAUAAAGAUUUACAACAAUUAAAACUAAGAAAACAGUCUAUGUUAAGAAAGAAUAGACCAAUCAUUAGACCAGGUGAUCACCCAGAUGAAGAAGAAAAUAUUAUAUUGACCAACGGUAUCCAAACUGCUAGAAUUCGUAAUGGUCAUGUAAUUGGUGAUGAUGAAGCUGACGAAAUUAAUAACGAAGAAGCUAUGGAAACUGAUGAAGAAGAUCUGACUUUAUCAGUAAGUGAUUCUCAUUCCUAUGCCCUUGGUGGUACCUAUGAUGCAGCUGACUCAGAAGAUGAAGAUGCUGAUGCAUCAACUGUUCCAAAAGAAAAGUUAAUCACUUUAGUUGGUAACGUUCAUGAUCGUGCUGCCAUUAUCUUAGAUGAUAUGAUCAAUAGACCGGGCUCUUUUAUCAGUGCUGCUGAGCAUUUAGUUCAAAACUGUGGUGCCAAAAGAGUCUACGUCGUUGCUACUCAUGGUAUUUUUACCGGUAAUUGUUUGGAAGAAUUAGAAAAAUGUCAAUAUAUUCAUCAAAUUGUUGUAACUAACACUUAUCCAAUUUCUAAGGAAAGUUCUGAAAAAUCUAAGAAGUUAGUUGUAAUUGAUGUGUCUCCAAUUUUCGCCGAAUGUAUUCGUCGUGACCAUUACGGUGAAAGCAUCUCCGUUUUGUUUGAUUCCUUAGCCACUAUAUGA